AUGGAGCAAAAAGAGUCAAAUCACCAAGUUCCCAAGUCUAGAGCACCAAAUCUACAUUUCUCGCUAAAGACCAAACCGGAGCAUCCGAAGUACGACCGCAUAUUCAUGCCUUCCCGACGUCCAAAAGUCAUGUUUCUUAUAUGGAAAGAUAGAUAUUUGAGUCAUGACCCGCGGCGAAGUGGAAAGAGGUCAUUUGGAUCACUCGUUGGACCGGAACUUAUUUUCUACCAAGACAUGUCCGACGAGCGCCUAAGUAGAGCCCAUGGAGACUUUGAUGGAUCAAGAGGCCCGGAUACCGCGCCCAAGGCCUUGGCUCAUCUUGACACUAGCAUAACUCAAUCCAGAAGCUUCCAUUGGCCUGAACGCGGCCCAUUCAAGAACUUGGAGAGCAAGCUCAAGCGGCUAAAGAGAAAUGGAAACUUUCCUCUUCUGCGCGCGCUCAACUUUGCCGACCUAGACCCGCUCUCUACCUAUAUAUACUUGCUUUUAGCCUCUUGUAAUAAGAAUCACCAGCCGCAUAACAAGAAACACUUAUUCAAUAAAGUUCGGAGCCACUUAGGUGGUCUCCUUCUUCUUUCUUUUCUUCUUUUGCAUUUGUACUUGGAGAUGAAUCACAACACCAACAUCCACUUUGGGAACCGGACACUGAUCCCACACGAUCUCCACGGCCGGAGUUACCAAGACCCAGCCAUAAGCAUCGUGCCACAUCCGUUCCCUCCCAACCGCGCUCAUCCGACGUUUGAAGGACCUAGCCGAGACGAGCAUCAUUACCAUCAUCAUCAAAACCGACCUCCGGUUUAUCAUCAACCACCUAGACCAGUGUUGCAUUCACACCACGACCAUGUUCUCAAUAGGCGGAGAGAUAGCCAUUUCGAUGCCGUGCUUGAGGGUUUCAUGGAGAGCCAAAGAAGAACUAGCCGCGACAUUGAGACAAAGCUAGAGUUCACGCGAUACGAACUAGAUGGAAGACUUGGAGAACUCUCUACCCAAAUAGAGAAAGUAGAGUCAAGAUGCUUGGACAUGGAGGAAGAUUUGAAGAAGCAAGGCGAGGCCAUUGAAGACAAUAGGAGAGCGAUACACUUUACCAAAGUUUCUACCAAGGAGAUGGAUAAUCACUUAGAUGAGAAGAUCUCAAGUCUUGAUAACAACCUCGAUGGCACCACCAAGAGUCUCAAUUCAAUAACAGCAGUAGCUCAUCAAGCUAAGAGGGAGGUAGCCGAAGUGACACUAAAGGAGAGGCAAUGUUACUCGACAAUGCUUACAUUGGUGGAAGGGCAAAAACAAGUGAAGGCACAAAUCCGAGAUUUACACAUCUCUCUAGACAAGAGGAGCCAAGAUAUUCAAAGAAGAGCUAGAGGGCUUGAAGACAAAGUAGAUGGAGUCUCCAAGGAAGUCAAGGAUUUAACCACUCGCUUAGCCAACUUGGAAGAGAAGGUCUUGACCGAGACAAAGACGACCGUUCCUAAGCAAAACUAUGCCGCGUCCGUCUUUACUAUAAGAGAGACCGACCCAAGAGUGAUAUGGGAUGAAGAAGAAAGUAGAGCUGAUCAAGAAAGAGCCACAAAGCUAACCACUGGAACAAGAGGGAAGAUAGCACCAAAAGGAAGAACCCUUACUCAAAGAUCUUCACAGCCGCCUCCCACCAAGGAGAAGAGGAAGAUAAGAUCAUCACUUGAAGAGAUCAUUGAUGAUUUCAACUUUAUGGCGAGGAGAUUCCCUUAUGGUGUGACGUUUGAUAAUGCUUGCAACAAGAGGUUUACUAAUAAACAAUUAAAUAGUUCUAGAAACCUAAACAAUAGGUUUACUAGCAACUUAAACAAAUAA